AGUUAUGAAACUUCAUGUGUCUGACUAGUCAAAACCCUAAGCGUGAUUACUCCUCCCCCGUCCAUCGCCAGAAUUCAGAAGCUCAACCUAACGCCCAUCGAGUAACUCACCGGCGGUAGCGGAUACCGGUGGAUAAAAUGUACGGAUCCGACAAAGGCACCGACGAUUUGGAGCGCACCGCUUUCAGAAUAGCAGAAAAGAAAUACAAGUUCUACUACGACGACACCUUUAAAUCUUCCAAAAAGAAAAAACUACCGAAACAAGUGGAUUUGUCGGAGGUUAUCGAUUUCAAGCGCAUUCUAGAAUGUUACAAUCACGAUGGCGCACUUCCGCUGGGCAUGAACGCGACUCAGUGCGAUCUCGAUGGGCCAGUUUUCUGCUUGGAGAAUCGUCCUGGAUUUUAUUUCAUUCCUGGAGCGUUAAGCUUAGAAGAGCAAUGCCAAUGGAUUAGGGAGAGUCUAACGAGUUUCCCGCAGCCUCCUAACAGAACCAAUCACAACGCUAUUUAUGGACCAAUUCAAGACCUGUUCAUUGCAGCAAAGGAAAAGAGAGUUUUAGUGGAAGCAAAUGAAAUCUCUGCUUUCAACGUUGAUUCCGACAUUGAACCUUCGGUUAGCACUGGAAAUACUCAUGGAUGGAAGUUUGUGGAGGAAAAUACUGUUUCAUCCAGAAGGACGACCUGCAAAUCAGUUCCAGCUUCUGUGUUACUUAGAAAGUUGCGUUGGAGCACCCUCGGCCUACAAUUUGAUUGGUCCAAGCGAAGCUAUGACAUAUCUCUGCUACAUAAUAAGAUGCCCUCUGCACUGUGUCAACUUGCCAAAAGAAUGGCGGCAGCUGCAAUGCCGGCUGGGGAAGAAUUCAAGCCUGAAGCUGCAAUAGUGAAUUAUUUUGCUUCGGGCGACAGUCUCGGGGGUCACCUAGAUGACAUGGAAGCAGACUGGAGCAAGCCAAUUGUUAGCAUGAGUUUGGGAUGCAAAGCUAUUUUCCUCUUGGGAGGCAAGUCGAGACAGGAUCCACCGGUAGCCAUGUUUCUUCGAAGUGGAGAUGUCGUGCUUAUGGCUGGAGAAGCGAGGGAAUGUUUUCAUGGUGUACCUCGGAUCUUCAUCGAUGUAGAAACUGACGAAACUUCUCUUCUUGAAAAGCAGUUUUCAAAUCAAGAUGAUUUGCAUUUUCUGGAAUACAUUAGAACUUCAAGAAUAAACAUCAACAUUAGACAGGUUUUCUGAUUGUUUGGACCUGUUAUCUUUUGAGCUUCGAGAUGGAUUUUGCACUGCUAGAAAAUUUUGCCAACAUCAUGAAGACUGGAGUUGCAAGGACAUAGACAGGUGAUUUAGUUUAUUCAUAAAGACGAUUGGAGAUGAGAUGAGCCAAUUCGAACCAAGAAGAGAGUUUUCUAAACUAAUUAGCAUUUUCCAGUUGAGCUAUCUCUUAUGAGGAAGGAUGAAAUUUGUAACUUCCGAGUUAGUUUAAGGCUUGUAGCCUCGUUGAUUUGCUGCCACAUUAUUUUACACAGAAGUAGAACUGUUGAAGGCAACUGAGAGGAAAAAAUAUAUAUGUGGAAGCUUUGGGGUUUGGGCAAACCACAAUGUCUUUUUUUUUUCCUACUGAAAAA